AUGUCGUCGCCCAAGGCACUCAGCCUUCCUGGGGGGUCGGGCGAGGGGCCCCCCUGCGGCACCAGCCUCGGGUGGGCAGGCGAGGGACCGGGGACCAGCGGCAAGAACCGGCGCGUGUGCCACGCCGCGGCACGGCUGGAGAUGGGCAGCCUCUGGGAGGAGUUCAACCGCCUGGGCACCGAGAUGAUUGUCACCAAGGCGGGCAGGAGGAUGUUCCCCACCUUCCAGGUGAAGCUGUCAGGGCUGGACCCGCUGGCCGACUACGUCCUGCUCAUGGACUUCAUCCCUCUGGAUGACAAAAGAUACCGGUACGCCUUCCACAGCUCCUCCUGGCUGGCGGCAGGACGGGCUGACCCGGCAGCCCCCGGCCGUGUCCACUUCCACCCCGACUCCCCGGCCAAGGGGGCCCAGUGGAUGCGGCAGAUCGUCUCCUUCGACAAGCUCAAGCUGACCAACAACCUCCUGGACGACAAUGGCCACAUCAUCCUCAACUCCAUGCACCGCUACCAGCCCCGGUUCCACGUGGUCUUCGUGGACCCGCGGCGGGACAGCGAGCGCUUCGCCCACCAGAACUUCAAGUCCUUCAGCUUCCCCGAGACCCAGUUCAUGGCCGUGACGGCUUACCAGAACCACCGGAUCACCCAGCUGAAGAUCGCCAGCAACCCCUUUGCCAAGGGCUUUCGGGAUGGUGACCCGAGCCGUGGUGCGGGGGGCUCCCCGUAG